CAUUCUUCUUGGGUCCAAGUUUUUAAAAAUUUGAUAGCUGUUUGAGGAGGAGAGAGACAAGAUGACCAUUAACGAAGAAAUCAAAGCUCCUCUCAUCCGAGCCUCCGAUUCGAGCUCACCGGAAAUUAUCUCCGACAUCGAGAACUCUCCUAUCGAGCAAGUAGCUCUGACGGUUCCGAUCACCGACGACACUUCUCUCCCGAGCUUUACAUUCCGAACAUGGAUUCUAGGAACCCUAGCUUGUGGCCUCCUCUCCUUUCUCAACCAAUUCUUCUGGUACCGCAAAGAGCCUCUCACGCUAACGUCGAUCUCGGCUCAGAUCGCGGUGGUUCCGCUGGGCCACCUCAUGGCCUCGACGAUAACGAAGCGAGCGUUCUUCAAAGGACGAAAGCACGAGUUCACGCUGAAUCCAGGCCCGUUCAAAGUGAAAGAGCACGUGCUGAUCACGAUCUUCGCGAACUCAGGUGCGGGUAACGUGUACUCGAUUCACGUCGUUAGCGCCGUGAAGCUGUUCUACAAGAAGGAGUUGUCGUUCGUGGUGGCGUUAGUCGUCGUUAUAACGUCGCAGGUGAUGGGUUUCGGGUGGGCUGGGUUGUUCCGGCGGUACUUGGUGGACCCGGCUGCCAUGUGGUGGCCCCAAAAUCUCGUCCAAGUCUCGCUCUUCAGGGCACUACACGAGAAGGAGGAGAGGCCUAAGGGUGGAUUAACACGGAACCAGUUUUUCCUCAUUGCCUUCGUUUGCAGCUUUGGUUACUAUGUCUUUCCAGGUUACCUAUUCCCAAUGUUGACUUCCUUUUCCUGGAUUUGCUGGAUAUUCCCUACUUCUGUGCUUGCCCAACAGCUAGGUUCAGGGCUUCAUGGUCUUGGAAUUGGUGCAUUGGGGUUUGAUUGGUCUAGUGUUUCCGCUUACCUUGGGAGCCCAUUGGCCAGUCCGUGGUUUGCUACAGCCAAUGUUGCUGUUGGUUUUGCACUUUUCAUGUAUGUCCUUACCCCUAUAUCAUAUUGGCUUAAUAUCUACAAGGCCAAGACGUUUCCUAUAUUCUCAGAUGGGCUAUUCACGUCUACUGGCCAAAAAUAUAAUGUUUCAGCUAUAAUAGACCCCAACUUCAGCUUUGACAAUAAGGCAUAUGACAGUAAAGGCCCUCUCUAUAUGAGCACCUUCUUUGCUAUAACUUAUGGUUUCAAUUUUGCCUGCCUUUCUGCCACUAUUGUUCAUGUGCUCCUCUUCCAUGGAAGUGAAAUAUGGCAGCUAAGCAAGUCUGCCCUCCAAGAGAAGAAGAUGGAUGUGCACACAAAGCUCAUGAGAAAAUAUAAGCAAGUUCCUCAAUGGUGGUUUAUGUGCCUACUUGUGGUUAACAUUGUGGCAACCAUAUUUGCCUGUGAGUACUACAUUGAUCAGCUUCAAUUACCAUGGUGGGGCAUCUUGCUAGCAUGCAGUCUUGCCUUAUUUUUCACUCUUCCUGUUGGAGUCAUCACUGCCACAACAAAUCAGACGCCAACCUUAAAUGUAAUCACCGAGUAUAUUAUUGGGUAUUUGUAUCCAGGAUAUCCUGUUGCCAACAUGUGCUUCAAAGUUUAUGGCUACAUAAGUAUGAAACAGGGGAUCACCUUUUUGCAAGACUUCAAGCUUGGUCAUUACAUGAAGAUUCCUCCAAGAGCAAUGUUCGUGGCACAGGUGGCCGGUACCAUAGUAGCAGCACUUGUGCAUUUGGGAACAGCAUGGUGGCUAAUGGACACAAUUCCAAACAUAUGUGACAGGGCAUUGCUUCCAACAGGCAGCCCAUGGACUUGCCCUGGUGAUCAUGUAUUCUAUGAUGCUUCUGUCAUUUGGGGUCUGAUUGGGCCUCGAAGAAUUUUUGGAAAUCUUGGCUACUACUCUGCCAUCAACUGGUUUUUCUUAGCUGGUGCUAUAGCUCCUGUCCUAGUUUGGCUGGCACACAAAGCCUUACCAGACAGGCAAUGGAUUAGACUUAUCACUCUUCCUGUGCUCUUAGGGGGAAUGAUCAACAUGCCUCCAGCCACAUCUGUCAACUACAUCAGUUGGAUUCUUAUUGGAUUUGCCUCAGGCUUUAUUGCUUACAGGUACUAUCGUGAUUGGUGGAGUCGUCACAAUUAUGUGCUCUCUGGGGCACUUGAUGCUGGAUUAGCCUUCAUGGGAGUACUGUUGUACUUGUGUUUGGGGAUGGAGCAUGUUAACCUCAAUUGGUGGGGUAGUGACUCCGAUGGAUGUCCAUUGGCUUCAUGUCCAACAGCACAAGGAGUUGUAGUUGAAGGCUGCCCGGUUUUCUAAGCAAAACAUUAGGAUUAGUUAUAUGUUGAUUAGAGGGAAAAAGAAAAGGUAUUGUAUUUGUUUACUCUUUACUAUUCUUCAUAGAUAUAUAUUUGUAAAGAAACUGUAUAUUAGUGAUGUGAGUUAAUAAGUUUUACUAGUUCUCAUUUGAGCCUACCGUUAAUAUCAUUU